CCCGCCGCGGCCGCGUGAGGCCUUGUUGGGCGCGCUCGACACGGACUGAGGGAAAGAUUGCAUGAAAGUGAACCUCGCCUGUGCGAUUCUGACACCUUGGAAUGUGUGUGGUCUUUUUCACAGCGGAUUGUAUGAUAGCUGCUGUUUUCAAAGGUGUCCUAACUUUCCUCUGAGGCAGGAGCCUCACCUGUCUGUUUCAGCACUGCUUGGAAGUGUUGAAACUAUGGCCUGCGAAGCAUUUGCUGUGGCUCCGAAGAGAAGUGGCUGGUGACAUGGUGCUAAGUCUGCUAAUUUCCAGCUAAGCUCUGGAAUGGCCAAUCAAGAAGUAGAAGUCCAAAUAGACGAUGAUUCAAUGAUAGAAGGAAUAAGUGAUCAGGUACUGCUGGCAAUUGUACUCAGUAUCACAUUCCUUGUUGCGCUGGCAUAUAUGCUUUUAAGAAAUGAACAUCCAGCUAUUCAUCCAGAUAACCAAGAGCUAGUAAGAGCAGUUCGACAGCAGUUACAAUCAGAUCAGCAGAAUGCAGCUGGAGACCGGCAACGUUUCUAUACCGAUAUGUCCUGCCCUGUCUGUUUACAACAGGCUACGUUUCCUAUCGAGACCAACUGUGGACACCUAUUCUGUGGUUCCUGUAUUAUUGCGUACUGGCGGUGUGGUUCGUGGCUGGGUGCAAUACAUUGCCCUAUAUGCAGGCAGACGGUGACUUUAUUUUUACCGCUCUUCAAUGAAAGUCAUCAAGAUGCAGUACAAAUACUUCAGGAUGUCAGUGAUUACAACAGAAGGUUCUCAGGACAGCCAAGAUCGAUUAUGGAAAGGAUUAUGGAUUUGCCCACGUUAUUGCGUCAUGCGUUCAGAGAAAUGUUCUCUCUUGGAGGUCUCUUCUGGAUGUUCCGUAUCAGAAUAUUCCUCUGUCUAAUGGGAGCCUUGCUGUAUCUAGCAUCACCCCUGGAUUUUCUGCCCGAAGCUCUGUUUGGAAUUCUAGGAUUUUUAGACGAUUUCUUUGUGGUCUUUCUGCUACUUAUAUAUAUCUCCAUCAUGUACCGAGAGGUUGUAACACAGAGGCUGAAUAGAUGAAAGCGGUGUGCCAUGAUCAGCAUUUAAGAAGAUUAAGGGGAAUGUUUGAAUGAAUGAAUGAACUACUUCUGAGUAAAGCAUACGGUAAAGAUUCUUAAUGCGCUUUGAGUUUCUGCUGUUAAGGAGCUUCUUUCCAAACAUGCAAGCAUGAUGAAUUGAAAUCACGGUGACAGCAAACUGGAAUUUUUGUGGGUGCUCUAUAAAAGAGAUUUAUUCAAGAUUACAUAUGUUUACAACAGAUGAGUAAUUAUACAUCGUUCAGGUGUCACCAUCUCUAAAAGGGAAUUUCUUUGGGGAUUUUGAGGCAAAAAAAAAAUACUGAAUUAGAUUAGAUGUUGUCAUUGUACAGUUUUGUAUUCAUUUUACAGUUUCAAAGACUGUGUUGACUUACUGUGAGUCCAGAGAGAAAGGGGUCGUUGGGAGGGGUGGAUUGUGGAGCAAGCUGUGAGCCAAGGGGCCCCUGCCAGCUUGGUACUGCUGGGCUGUAGUGAUAGCGAUGGUGUAUUCUUGCCCAACCCGUUGUCAACAUGCUGUGGCCUGGGUCCAAGCUAUGCAGCUCUUGCUGCUCUCUGUGCCGCCCUCACCGCUGGGCAUACUCGGCUUUGCUUGCUUCUGUCCGUAAGUGGCCAUCCAGGCCCUCACCUGGCACCUGGUCAGUUAAAGGGCCAGUCCACUCUGAGUAGAUGGAUGUUUUUUUAAAAAUAAAAUAGUUUAGCAUCUCUGCCUGUGCAGGAAAUGUUCAAGCUGUACAACAGUCAACAUAAGCUUGACCUAGGGCAUCAUAUUGCAUAAGCACAAUAAAUACAGUAUUGCUUCUGCUGCAACAGUGAACAAUUAACGUGUGUGGUUCAAUCUGACCUUUGUGUACUUUCCAUUAGGAUAAGAUUCCUUGAACACUCCUUGUUGGCGGAUGUUUUUUAAAAAUGCAUUGUCAGUUACAACCUGAUGUGGAUAAAAGAGAAGUCUGCUCCAUCUAGAGCUAGGCUAAGGUGGAUAGACAAGUAUGGUGCAAUAUUAGACUAAGGGAAAUGAUUUGAUGAUUACCUAGCUAUGGCUGAUACUGCAGCUAGCUCAAAUUUAAAACUGAAUUUUCUAUUAAAGUGACUUGAAAGAACAUUGGGGACCACAGAUAGCUGGUUAUUGACCUGUAUAUAACCAUGCAGUUCCAAAAACUUAAGGGCCUUUAAGUUUCCUUAAGAAAGUUCCAUGAUUUCUGCCAAUUCCCCCCUCCCACUGAGUUUCCCCACACCCCAGAUUUUGGUAUUGGGGGUCUGCAGACUCUCAGGAAAGCUUAGGAGGGGCAAAGUUGUAGUCUGCAGUGAGAGAGGGGAGGAAUCAGUAGAAAUGUUUGUCCCCUCUUAAGAAAGCUGAACUGCCCUUAAGCUUUUGGAAUGUUUGGUUGAAUACAAGCUGAUAUUGUGUACAUCCUCCAUACAAUCAAAUGCAUGCUUACUUGGGAAUAAGCACUGUUGAACUCAGAGGAACUUUCAGUAUCCAUGCCUGGAGGAGCAGGCUGCUGGCACUACACUCUUGGCCAAAAUACAGAGAGACUCUGUUGGAGUCACUUAUCCCAGGCAGAAUUUGAAUAGUUCUCGAGGGGGGCGUUGUUGAGGGUCAAAUAGCCCGGGAAGCACUGUUUACACCACUGCAUUUGAGAGUAUGGUUGGGUAUACAAUGCUGUGAAUAUCUCCCCCUCCCUGCACGUAAAGGAAGUUGCCAUUAUUGCUUUAAGCAGGCAGGAAGAAAAGGGUUGGGAGAGCAUUUGGAUAUAUGUGGAUUAUUUAUGAUACAAGACUUACAAAAACAUGUCCUUAAGGGGUAUAGGUAAAGACGUGGGGACUUUUCACUUCCGGCAGUGGCCAAGUAAUGCUCCUGAUUAAUUGACAUGAUGCCGUUUUGUGGGUAUUGCUUGAUGUUUGACCAACUCAAAAAUCAGAAUAUUCAAAGGAGAAAAAGUGUGAGAGUUUUACUGUUGGUUAAGAAGGCAUUUUAAAUGUGAUUAAAGAGAGAGGCCAUGUGCCCUCGCUUCCUCCCUGGUUACAGAUUUUGCCCCUCUUAAGAAUGUAAGAGGCGCCUGCUGGAUCAGCCCCCUGUUAAAGAUAUCUCUGCUCGUAGCUAUCAUUACCUACGCUGACAGUGAAUUCCACAGUUUAGCUAAUGGUCAAGCAAAGAAGUAUUUCCUAGGCCGUUUCCAGAUGGCUUAUCUGCCCCCGGAACGUCGUGCCAUGGUGCGGGAAAAACGCGAAACAACGUGUUUUCUCGC